AAAUCAAUAUAUAGUUAACGUUAGCAUUAAUUUUUAACCGACACAACACACAUACAAACAUACACUAUGGCACCGGUAGAUCAAAUCAAUGAACCAGUGCUUCGGCACCUAAAUCAUUGCGAUGAUAUUGUUGCCCAAAAAAAUCACCCGACUGUCCACAACCAUCACCACCACAAACACCUACAACAACAAAACGGUAUCAACUCCUUGGGUAACAACACAUAUCGGCUACAGAUUGUUUGGCGUAAUGUCAUCGUUAUGUCUCUAUUACAUAUCGGUGCCCUGUAUGGCGCCUACCUGAUGGUUACGGCUGCCAAAUAUCAAACAGUUAUUGCAUGGUUUCUUAUGUUUGUUUGCUCAGGUUUGGGCAUAACUGCCGGCGCCCACCGUUUAUGGUCUCAUCGUUCCUAUAAAGCCAAUCUACCGCUGCGGGCACUGUUAUGCAUAUUACAGACAAUGGCCGUAGAAAAUAGCGUCUACGACUGGUGUCGUGACCAUCGGGUACAUCACAAAUACUCGGAAACCGAUGCCGAUCCACACAAUGCCAAUCGGGGUUUCUUUUUCUCGCAUAUCGGUUGGCUAUUGUGUCGCCGACAUCCCGAUGUCAUAAGCAAAGGUCAAACCGUCGACAUGAGUGACCUGUGGAACGAUCCGAUGCUCCGGUUUCAGCACCGAUACUAUCGGUCGAUGGCAUUAGUAUUUUGUGUGAUUGUGCCGACACUCAUACCCAUAAUGUUUUGGUCGGAAACACUUUAUAAUUCAUUUUUCAUAUGUUUUAUAUUCAGAUAUAUCUAUUUAUUAAACAGUACCUGGCUAGUUAAUUCAGCGGCUCAUAUGUGGGGUAAUCGUCCAUAUGAUGUAACCAUAAAUCCCAGAGAAACCAAUUUUGUCAACUUUCAGACUAUGGGCGAAGGAUAUCAUAAUUAUCAUCAUACCUUUCCCUGGGAUUACUCGGCCUCGGAGUUGGACUGGAAGUAUAACUGGAAUUUUACGACAUUUUUUAUCGACAGUUUCGCCCGAAUCGGUUGGGUAUCCGAUAGGAAACGUGUAUCACAUGAUAUGGUCAUCAGUCGAGUCGAUCGUACCGGUGAUAAACAGCUGACCACUGGCCAUAUAGCUAGCCAUCAAAGUUUUCCUCAAUAUUGUUUGAAACAUUUGACAGCCACUGGCAUCGGUAUGGCUCACCUGUGGAUACCGUUUUUCAUUAGGUUUAUAAUUAGUUUAGUCAACUAA